CACAUUUGUGAGAUUAUACCUUCGUCAUGUCUGGUCGUGGCAAGCAAGGAGGCAAGGCUCGUGCAAAGGCCAAGACCCGCUCUUCGCGGGCCGGGCUCCAGUUCCCCGUGGGCCGAGUGCACCGGCUGCUCCGCAAAGGGAACUACUCCGAGCGGGUCGGGGCCGGGGCCCCGGUGUACCUGGCGGCGGUGCUGGAGUACCUGACAGCCGAGAUCCUGGAGCUGGCGGGCAACGCGGCCCGGGACAACAAGAAGACCCGCAUCAUCCCGCGCCACCUGCAGCUGGCCAUCCGCAACGACGAGGAGCUCAACAAGCUGCUGGGCAAAGUCACCAUCGCUCAGGGCGGCGUCCUGCCCAACAUCCAGGCCGUGCUGCUCCCUAAGAAGACCGAGAGCCACCACAAGGCCAAGGGCAAGUAGAAGCCUGGCAUCGUUUAGAACUCAAACCUGUCCAAACCAAAAGGCUCUUUUCAGAGCCACCCACUUUAUCAGGAAAGACCUGUACUUUCAAAAUCCCAUUGUUUCGGAUAGCAAGGUGUUGCUAAGCAAUCCUGUAACAAAGUUCGCUAAGUCACUUGAAAUUGUCUUCUAAAAAGUCAAACGUUUGCUUUCAAGUUUUAGGUUAAACCUAUGAGGGCAAAAUUAACGUCUUUCUGUGAUUCCUUUACAGGGUAAAAUGGCUAUCUGUGACAAAACCUUAGACCACAUGACGGGCCUAGCUCCCCUCCUAGUUAAAUUGAACCUUAGGGCGCACCACUCACCUUCCUAAAUGAGAAUAGAAUAGUAACUCAGCAAGGUAAAUUACUUGUUUCAAGUAGCUUCAGACAAAGAAUACACCUUAUAGUGGGCUGUUUACAUCAAUGCUAGUGAAGUAAAAGACGUGAAUUAUUCACCCAUUAGGAAGAGGAUGUGCCUUAACAGAUAGACAAGGUAGACAUUGGAAAUCACAUUUAUAAGAUAAAUCAGCAAACCAGGUUCUUAGAAUCCUAAUGCUGUCAAGGAUUUUUGUUCACUAUCAUCACUCACCCUGCUCUCAGAUCAAGUCAUACUAACUAAAGUGAA